UUUAGUCAUCACUGAGGGGGAAACCAAACCAAUGAUUCAAGGUGAUUUAUACGAAGCAUUAGAAGGAGACCAGGGGUUGUGAAAAGGCUUAACUGUGUCUCACCAUGCAUCUGCGGACCAGCUGAAAAGUGUCAUUCCAGCUCCUUUCUGCAAACUUCAGACGCAGGUAUUAUCAUUCAGCCCUUUGUUGUCGCUGCCAUCCAGACUGUUUUUUCCCCUCUUCAUUUCACAAUCCUACCCUCCACCUUGAACUUCCUCCCUGCUACGCUCGAAUCUCUCUGUACACAGAGCCAUGGCAGCUGCUAAGCCAAAGGGGCAGAACUCUCUUGCCCUCCACAAAGUGAUUAUGGUGGGCAGUGGAGGAGUGGGCAAAUCAGCCCUCACUCUGCAGUUCAUGUAUGAUGAGUUUGUUGAAGACUAUGAACCGACCAAAGCAGACAGUUACAGGAAGAAAGUAGUGCUGGACGGUGAGGAGGUACAGAUUGACAUCCUUGACACAGCUGGACAAGAGGACUACGCAGCCAUCCGGGAUAACUACUUCCGCAGCGGCGAAGGUUUCCUUUGUGUAUUUUCCAUCACAGAACUGGAAUCAUUCGCAGCAACAGUCGACUUCAGAGAGCAGAUCCUGCGAGUGAAGGAGGAUGAGAAUGUUCCCUUUCUCUUGGUUGGCAACAAGUCCGACUUGGACGACCGACGGCAGGUUAGCGCGGACGAGGCGAAGGCACGCGCCGAGCAGUGGGGCGUGUGCUAUGUGGAGACUUCCGCUAAAACCCGUGCCAAUGUCGACAAGGUGUUCUUCGAUCUGAUGAGAGAAAUCCGGGCAAGGAAAAUGGAGGACAGCAAAGAGAAGAACGGGAAGAAGAAAAGUAAAAGUUUGGCCAAGAGAAUUAGAGAGCGAUGCUGUAUUUUAUAGUGGUGAGAGAGAGCAGGACGGCUGCUUGUGUACAUAUACAUUUCUCAGACUUUUACAUUUAUUUUGUGCUCAAACCUGACCAUGACUUUCUGUUCCUGGCUAACAGGACAUCUGACCGUGUGUCAGGAAGUAGUAAGGUGGCACUUCAUACACCAUUUAUAGCUCUAACUUUUUAUGUGCUGACACUCCAAAUAAUUAUGUUCUCUCUCUCUCUCUUACUCUGACCACGUAACAGAGUGUAAUGAAUGGAUGGUGUUUUUAAUUUAGGCCUGAGCUUGACAAGAGGCUAAGCCCUGAAAUGUUACACAACCUUUCAUUGUAAAGUUUAAUGUGUAUAAUAUAUUCAAGACUACUGUGCAGUGUGAGUUUAAAAGGAAAUAAGGAAUUAUAAAGUGACAGAGCCAAGAUUUUAAAGGGUGUAAAAUAGAACUGGAAACUCCCACUUUGUUUAUUUUGUCCACGUUAGUCUUUGGUAGGAAAUGUAAGUGAACACCCGUCAGUGUAGUGUCAACCCCAAAUUCAUCAAGUGCCACCAAGAAAAAGUACAUUGCACUGGUAAAUAUUGGAAGCAUUUUGUCAGAAUAUCAUUGCAUAACCUAAGCCACAGAGGAAAUUUGAUGUCAUCUAUAUAUCAUUUUUACACCUCUAUUGAAUUAUGUGCUGUGGUUGCCAACACUUAUUUUUAUCUCCACAGCCCCCUCUUUACUCCUCCUCUUUCAUACAUCCAGUUUAAAACAAGUACACUAAUGUUUUUUUUUUUUUUUUUUCUCCUUUUCCAGUCACCUUUCUUAGUCAAAUGCACAAGCAACAUUGAUCAUGACUCUUGAAUCUGUUCGGGAUUUUUACAACACUUGAAAAUGUUUUUUUUCUUCUUUUUUUUCAAUUGUAACAUUUCAGAAGUUUUACCUCACUUUGCUUUCAUAGCCUUCCUUUGGAAUCCUUGGUGCUCUGAUAAAAGGUGAUUCCAAUACACUACAUCCUUCACAUGCCCUAUUUAAGACAUCUCAAAUAAUAAUAAUAAUUAUAAUAAUAUAAAAGGAUAAAUACAUUUCUUCCAGGCAGUAAAAUAUUUAUUUUUGCCAGUGUCCUCACUCAGACUUUAGUUUCUGUGUUUUUCUGAACGUUUGGGCUGAAGUGGUGAUAAAUUAUUGUUUAAAUUUAAGUAACAAAGGCUUAAAAGAAGUGGUAAAAAGUGGAACCUGUCCUGCCCAAAAGGUUCUCUCUAUCACCAAAGAAAUAUGCUAGCUAUUUCAAACAAGUGCCCACUUUUCUAUUGAAGUGAAUGACAACUUGGUAUGGAGUACUUCAGAAGCAAGCACUGCAGUGUUGGAGUGCGACAGCUGUUUCUAUUUAGGCAAAGGUGUGUCAUGAGUGGAGCAGGGAUUGUAGGCAAAUGGACAGGGGAAGAAAUGCAAAGUUACGAGGGAUUGCUUUAGUAAUUUCAUGUACAGCGCGUGUCACUGUUGCUUCUCUGUCUGUUGUGAAUAUGAAUAAUCCCCACAUCCUUGUCCUGUGAUCCCUCAAUGAUGUGCAGAGUUCAGUGGUAAUUCUACUUUUGUUUACCUUUGUUACAUCCCCCCCCCCCCCCCCCCGUGUUUCACUGCUGUAGUGACUUCUUAGCGAAAUACCUAAUGUCCGUUUGGUCUUGCUCACGUAGCUUAAAGCAGCGUAACAACUGGCAAAAUGAGAAUGCAGUGCAUGAUUAGCAGAUUAAUUGAAGACGCCAUGAAAUCUGCCCCCUCUAUUCUCACCAUUUCCUUUUAUGACUGAACCAUUUUAUUGUUUCUACCACAUAACUUGUGACUUAUUUAAAAAUCAACUUGUUUUAAGUUUAAGUUUUUAUUUCAGUUAAACAACCAUCCAAAAUUCCCCCUCUUGUUGAUAUAAGAGUAAAUAAGAGAGUUUGUGCGUGUAUUUACAAUAGCAAACAGCAUUUACUUUAAUGAACUUCGGCAAUCAGUAGGAUGCCCAACACUAGAGUCUAUGCAAAAACAAUUGUUGUUGGACAAAAGAGGAGCUGCUUUCAAACAGGCACUGAAGUCCCAACAGUUUCCUGAAAUUGUUCAAAUGGGCUGUGUGUGAAAACACCAGACGUUUUACAGAACUUUUCCUGUUACCCCCUCCAGUCAUAUUUCUGGAAAAUAUUGAAGGGUAAGUGAGCCAUUUUUCCAGACAUUUUAUGUGUCUGAAAACAGCUCAGGACUGGGUUUACUAUUAGCACUACUUAAAUUAUUUUACCUGAUCUGACCACAAGAUAAAAGUCUAACAUGGUCCAAACAGCAUGACACUUUUCUCUAAUAUGAAUGCUUAAGUUUUGUUUACAGGCUUUGUUUUUAUAAGACAUUUCAAUGUGUUUAUUGUACAAAAGGGCAGUGAUGCUCAAGAAUGUCUCUGGAAUUUCCAUGUCCUGAAAAGCACAUAGUUGAUGAAGUUUAAAGGAGAGGAGAGUGAGGCUGAAUGUGACUGAUUGUGAGACAAAGCAAUGGCAUUAGAAUGCAUUUUGAAAUAGUUAAGCUUGAAAUAUUUUAAUCUAAGGGUUAAACUGCAGUCAUUGCAACGAUUCAAAGUGGCAGGCACAAAAAAAGAAGAAAAAACGCACAUGAUGUAAGAACCACAGCCUGUUAUGACGUAUUUUCAUUUAGCUUACGUCCAUUACUGUAAGUGCUGUGUGACUACAGUGUCGGUGACUGCAGAAGCUACUACAGUUUAAGUGACCACCAUAGUGCUUGAGCAUAGUGCUCCAGCAUUGGUUUAUUGCUUUUCUUGUUUCAGUGCUUCCCCUUUAGCAAAUGUAAUUCAUCCCCAUUCUCUUUUCUUUUGUUUUCACGAAUACUUAAAUAAACAUGAUGGCCUGAAUAUUUUCAACUGGACACUAAAACAGAUGUUUGUGUGAAAGCUAUGAGCAAAAAUUGUCCUACUGGGCUAUUCAAAUGAUUUGUUUUGCCUUUUGUAUAAAAACCCUUGAAAUAAAAAAAAAAAAUCUGAAUAGAUAUCUAUGUCUUUGAUUGGAUGGUUGUAUGUUUGCCAUCAGUUAUAUGUUUCCUUCAUGUUUACUUAUUUUGAGCAUAACCACUAAUGUAGCCUAUCUGUUUGUGAAUGCAAGAGGUGAAGCUUACAUUUCAAUUCAUUUUUUGUGAGUUAUUUGGAAAUGGAAAAUAAAGUGGAUAUUACUAA